AUGAGUUUUCUACCUUACCCCAUGAUCACAAGAAAAGACUCAAUACUAGACUAUAUUUAUAGAGAUGAUUCAAAUGAGGUAAUCCACAAGCUUCGUUUACUGUUGGCAUCAAAAGUAGAUAGCAAUCCAAAUCUCAGCAAUGAAACAAUUUCCAUCAUCGGUGAAUUGCGAAAGCAACUAGUGGAAAAAUUUGAAUCCACAGGUAAAGUGCAAAAUGUUCCCGGGCCAGUGAGACAAAGAAGUGUUCGUAGUGUCAAAAAUAUUGCUGCCGCUAGCGCAUCAAUUGAGGAAGACCCAAAUCAGUCUCUCACACGUCGUUCCCAAGCGUUAGGCUUAUCUGUGACGUCGUUGUGGCGUAUCAUGCGAAAAGAUCUUGGCCUACAUCUUUACAAGAUCAAAUUGACGCAAGAACUGAAGCCGCUUGACCACCAGAAGCGACGUACGUUCGUGAAUUGGGCUGAGCAACAACUUAAAAAUAAUCCGGAUUUUCAUCGAAAAAUCAUCUUCAGCGAUGAGGCUCAUUUCUGGCUGAAUGGCUUCGUCAAUAAGCAAAAUAUGCGUUAUUGGUCAGGCAGCAAUCCACACGAACUCCAUGAGUCAACGUAA